GAGGACUGUCGUCGACGUGUGUGUCUGAUAAACGCUGUUCGGGUCAAUAGGACCGGCUCGGUAGCACAUACGUGACCGUCUCUAACCCGCGGAGCAGAGAGUCCACGCGCGUGGAAGAGUAAAAACGGGAACGAACCGCGACCAAACGCGACCAUCCGUUUCGACCGGCAAACGGGUCGAGUCACGUGAACGAUGGGUACCGACAUUCUGCACCUUACGAAGCAAACGAACACUUUCGUGCCAAAAAAACAUCAAAUCAUUUGCUCGUGUGUACGCGGGCAGAAUAGUCCACUCCGCGUCUUAUCGGCCGCAUGGCGCGGCUUUGCGCGGAUAAACGGCAGCUGUGUGCCGCAGAGCGACCCGAAGAAAAAAAAAAAAAAAACAAGGGCGAAAACGCUUCCAACCGACGAAUUCAACAGGAAAUCCUCUUCCACCCGAGCGGUUCAUCGCGUAUUCUCUGACCGUCUUCACCCCGCCGACCGUGGCACAGCCGCCCGCGUGGAGUCGCGUAGGCGCCCGCAGUGGGGGCCUUUUUUUUUUUUCCUGUGCGUUUUUUCCGCACCGACGCAGACGACCUCCUCCCGCUCAGCAGCGGCCUCCAUUUUAGCUCCUUCCCCGGCCGCCGCCUCACGUGUCCUGGACUGUCUUCCUCACAUGACCCGUGUGUUUGUCCCCGUGAUCAGCGCUUCCAUCUCCGUAAAUCAGUGCGGUUGAAUAUCAGCGUUUUUUUUUUGUUGUUGUUUUUUUUAAACACCGCAAAAAAAAACUUGAUGGAUCUGCUGGAGCAGAGUCUGGACAGCUCGGCGAGUCACGACAAACAGGAAACGGAAGAGGUGGUGCAGUUACAAGAAGGAGAGCCGGUGGGGACGGAGGAGCACGCUGCAGUGACCAUCGCUGGCGUCCCGCCGGCUACCUUCACCGACCACAAUGUGCAGUACCAGUUCCGCACAGAGAACAGUGGAGGACAGGUGACGUACCGCGUGGUUCAGGUGACAGACGACCAAUUGGAAGCAACAGCCGAUGGGACCGGAGCUGUCAGCGUCGUCUCCACCGCGGCUUUCGCCGGAGCCCCUCAGGCCGUCGCUCAGGCCGUCAUCCAGAACCCUUUCAGUAACGGGGGCAGUCCCGGGGCCGAGACUGUGGGAGGCGAGACGCGCUUCGCCUAUUUCCCGGCCGCCGCCGUCAGCGAUGGGACGGCCGUGUCGGUGCAGGCCACGUCCGACCCGACGAUAGCACAGGCGGGAGGUCAGUUCUACGUGAUGAUGAGCCCCCCCGAUGUGCUGCAGACGGCGGCCCCUCGCAGCAUCGCGCCGCGCACACACACCUACACGGCAGACCUUGGUGAAAACGAGAUGUUGCAGCAUGGCAGUUCAAACUGGAAAGUGGAGGGUCCCCGGGCUCCCCGAGAUGAGAGGCGACGAGCACAGCACAACGAAGUGGAGAGAAGAAGAAGAGACAAGAUUAACAACUGGAUCGUCACGCUUUCAAAAAUCAUCCCGGACUGCAGCAUCGACAGCAGAACCGGAGCGAGUAAAGGAGGCAUCCUGUCCAAAGCUUGUGACUACAUCCGAGAGCUGCGUCAGAGCAACCAGCGCCUGCAGGAGAGCUACAAAGAGGUGGAGCGGGUGGAGAUGGACAACGAGCUGCUUAGACAACAGAUUGAAGAGCUAAAGAACGACAAUGCUCUCCUUCGAGCACAGCUGCAGCAGCACGGCGUGGAAGUCAGCGGGGAUGCAACGCCGCAGUGACUGUGGACUGGACGUAAUGUCCCAAACAAAAAGACGCGUCGUCCCACCCAGCGGAUCAGCACCAGGGAAGGAAUAACGAGACAAUUUGCAUCUGAAAUCGGACCACGCCAAAACACGCACGCAGGGCUCGGAGAAGAGCGCCAAAGCACUUGAGGCCGCCGCCUCUUCCUCCUCCUUCUCCUCUUCCUCCUCCUCCAGCUGCUGGAGAGCGAACGCUCGGAAAUGUGUUCACUGUGUAGCUACAUGAACCUCUCACCUUUUGCUUUAAAGGAACACGACCUCCGCACAGCACCGCCACGCUUGCACAAAACAAUCUUUUUACUUUUAAAUUAUGAACCCCGCCACAGAAAAAUGUCCUUUUUUAGCAAUUUCACCUUUUUAAUCAUACCGCAAACUUGCUUUUUUUUUUUUUUUUUUUUUUACUUUUGCUGUGUUUGAAACUACUAAAUGGGACUCGAAUGAUGGCUCUCCUUUGCUUUUAAUUUAUUAGUGUUAAAGGAAUGUGUGCAAAGACAGAAAAGCUGAUACUAGAAUUUACUUUUGUUCCACUGCCACAAGUUCAUAGUGUGCAAAUCCAAUACUUGGAUCACCUCAUCAGCGUUACCAAGGACAGUUAAAAUGACCGUCAGUGGUAUAUAUAUCAAUUUGGCCUCUUAACACUGACACAGUGCUCCCAAACCGUAUGAACAUAAUUGAGUGCCUGGAUUGGCAGGUUUGAUGGCACAGGCAUGCAGGUUGUACGAGCUGUUUAAAGUUGCCCGGGUCAUCAGGACAGUGCACUGGUAAGUGGCUCCGACUCUAUGAAGUCUUUACAAAGUGUAGAUCUCUCUUGUUGAAAGACGGGUGAAGAUUUUAGGAAUCUUUAUCUCUUUUGGGGGCAUUAAACUGCAGUUGGUUUGUAUAUCUCCUUAAUAGGUCGCUGGUGUAAUGCAGAGAGAGAGCGAGAGGUUCAGUAGGAGGUCUUGGUUUGGGACCAGCCUCUGUUGGGCUCACUGGUAUUGCUGCAUUCAAAUGGACACGUGGGAUGGAUUUUCUUUUCUUUUGCAAUCUUCCCCAAACUCUAAACGUUUGGGAACCUUUGAAAGAAAGAAGACCACAAAACGACUAUGGGCAGGAAUGUGCUGAGGGUAGUUGUAACUAACCAACUUUUGUAUACACUGAAGUCACCACAGCAUGGAGAAAAAUAUAACCACUGGCAUGACUAAUUCUGAUACUACAAUAAAACAGAAGUGUUUAUACCC